GGAUCACCCCGCGGUGAUAAAGAGACGCUUCACCAGCGUGCUCAUCGUCUCCGGCCUGUCUCCUCUCUUUGUGUGGACUUGGAGACAGUUCACAGGAGUCAGGACCGGCCCAGCGCUGCUCUCUCUGAUGGGGAUCCGCUUCGAAGGCCUCAUUCCUGCCAUCAUUCUCCCUCUGAUGCUCACCAUGGUAAGAAGCAGAUCUCAACUGGAUAGUGGUUUGACGUUGCUCGAGUUCUAAGAGGCUGUG